AUGAGCCGCCAGCUAAAGGGCCUUGGGGAGGAAGGAGGAGGUGGCGCCAGUGGGCGGGCGAGAAACAGCUCUCCGGGCACAGGUGACAAGUCCGGGAGGAGACCCUCGAGGAAGCGGACCCACAAAGCCGAGACCUCGCCUGGCAGGCGUCGAGCCCAGCCUGGCCAGAAGGAGUCGACUGUGGGCAGCCCGGGGCCGGGAUCUCCCCGGAGGAAGCAGGCAGAGCGCGGGGGACGCCGAGAGCAGCUGGGCGAACGGGAGCGAGGCUCGGCAGAGAAGACCGGCGGAGGGAGGAGGAAGAGGGACGGGAGGGCUUCCCUCAGGGAGCAGAGAGCACCCCCAAAGAAGAAAAAGGAGGUGCCAAGGAAGGAGGAGAUGUGGAAGCAGCUGAAGAAACACAGGUCGUCCUCCUUGGCCUCCAGCACUUCCAGUGGGGAGUCUCUGUCUGAGGAGGAACUGGCCCGGAUUCUGGAGCAGGUGGAAGACAAGAAGAAGCUCAUUGCCACCAUGCGGACCAAACCCUGGCCCAUGGCGAGGAAGCUGGCGGAGCUCAGGGAGGCCCAAGAAUUUGUGGAGAAGUAUGAAGGAGCCUUGGGAAAGGGGAAAGGCAAGCGACUCUACGCCUAUAGGAUGCUGAUGGCUAAGAAAUGGGUCAAGUUUAAAAGAGACUUUGAUAACUUCAAGACUCAAUGUAUUCCCUGGGAAAUGAAGAUCAAGGACAUUGAAAGUCACUUUGGUUCUUCAGUGGCAUCAUAUUUCAUCUUUCUCCGAUGGAUGUAUGGAGUUAACCUCGUCCUUUUUGGCUUAAUAUUUGGUCUGGUCAUAAUCCCAGAGGUGCUGAUGGGCAUGCCCUAUGGAAGUAUACCCAGAAAGACGGUGCCUCGGGCUGAGGAAGAAAAAGCCAUGGAUUUUUCCGUCCUUUGGGAUUUUGAGGGCUACAUCAAGUAUUCCGCGCUCUUCUAUGGCUACUACAACAACCAGAGGACCAUUGGGUGGCUGCGGUACAGGUUGCCCAUGGCUUACUUCAUGGUGGGGGUCAGUGUGUUCGGCUACAGCCUGAUGAUCAUCAUUAGAUCAAUGGCCAGCAACACCCAGGGCAGCACAAGCGAAGGGGAGAGUGAGAACUUCACAUUCAGCUUCAAGAUGUUCACCAGCUGGGACUACCUGAUCGGGAAUUCAGAGACGGCUGACAACAAGUACGUCUCCAUCACCACCAGCUUCAAGGAGUCAAUAGUGGAUGAACAAGAGAGUAACAGAGAAGAAAACGUCCACCUGACAAGAUUUCUCCGUGUCCUGGCCAACUUUCUCAUCAUCUGCUGUUUGUGUGGAAGUGGGUACCUCAUUUACUUUGUGGUGAAGCGAUCCCAGGAAUUCUCCAAAAUGCAGAAUAUCAGCUGGUAUGAAAGAAAUGAGGUAGAAAUUGUGAUGUCCCUGCUUGGAAUGUUUUGUCCCCCUCUGUUUGAAACCAUUGCUGCCCUGGAGAAUUACCACCCACGCAUUGGACUAAAGUGGCAGCUGGGGCGCAUCUUUGCCCUCUUCCUGGGAAACCUCUACACAUUUCUCUUGGCCCUGAUGGAUGACGUCCACCUGAAGCUUGCUAACGAAGAGGCAAUAAAGAACAUCACUCACUGGACCUUGUUUCACUACUACAACUCCUCGGGUUGGAACGAGAGCUUCCCCCGGCCACCCCUGCACCCUGCAGAUGUGCCCCGGGGUUCUUGCUGGGAGACAGCUGUGGGCAUUGAAUUCAUGAGGCUGACAGUGUCCGACAUGCUGGUAACGUACAUCACCAUCCUGCUGGGGGACUUCCUGCGAGCUUGUUUUGUCCGGUUCAUGAACUACUGCUGGUGCUGGGACCUGGAGGCUGGAUUUCCCUCAUAUGCUGAAUUUGAUAUUAGUGGAAAUGUACUUGGUUUGAUCUUCAACCAAGGAAUGAUCUGCAUGGGCUCCUUCUACGCCCCUGGACUGGUGGGCAUCAAUGUGCUGCGUCUGCUGACCUCCAUGUACUUCCAGUGCUGGGCGGUGAUGAGCAGCAACGUCCCGCACGAACGCGUGUUCAAAGCCUCCCGAUCCAACAGCUUCUACAUGGGCCUCCUGCUGCUGGUGCUCUUCCUCAGCCUCCUGCCAGUGGCCUACACCAUCAUGUCCCUGCCGCCCUCCUUUGACUGCGGGCCAUUCAGCGGGAAAAACAGAAUGUAUGACGUCAUCCAAGAGACAGUCGAAAAUGAUUUCCCAACCUUCCUGGGCAAGAUCUUUGCUUUCCUCGCCAAUCCAGGCCUAAUCAUUCCAGCCAUCCUGCUGAUGUUCCUGGCUAUCUACUACCUGAACUCAGUUUCCAAAAGCCUUUCCCGAGCUAAUGCCCAGCUGAGAAAGAAAAUCCAAGCGCUCCGCGAAGUUGAAAAGAGCCACAAGUCUGUCAAAGGCAGAGCCACAGCCAGAGAUUUGGAGGACACAGCUAAAGGCAACUCAAAAAAUGCCACCCAGCUCACCAAAGAAGGGACUGCACAUCACUCUGCUGGCCAAAGCCAGGCCCUGGACCAGAAGGCGCAGGGCCCUGGGGCCUCCAGUUCUGCUGGCAGGACUAUGCCACCUGCCUCCCAGCACCUCCCUGUAUCUCAGCCCCCUGGCGUCAGACCAGACUCUGGCCAAGCCCAGCCUCAGGCGCGUCCUUGGAGGUCAGCCUCUGGAAAGAGUGCUCAGAGACCUUCCCACUGA